GCACACCUAGACUUUGUGGCAUCAUUUGACAACACUAUUUAGACAAAUUAAACUGGGCUUUCAGUUUGUGUGGGAGAUUAAUUAUUAUGUAAGGUAGGCUACUAGCUCGAAGUCAUGUAGCCGUGUGCAUAUGAGCAAGAAACUAAUCCUUCAUGCCGUGGUAGUAGUAGAGUUAUUCCGGCGUGUGUCACAUGCACAACGACCGUUCCACUCGUGCCACCCGUGAAAUAUAGUGCAGUCCACUUUGUUGUCUGUUAGGUUGGCAGCUAGUUUUUAGCUGUAUGAGGGGGGGGGGAAUGUUACCAUGCAAAUGAACGGUUUACGCUAUUGCAUUUUUGGGUGGUGACUCGAGUUUUCUCUUCACGGCAACAGCUGGCUGCCAACUAACAAAAUCCAUGAUGUCCUGCACUGUAGCUGAAACCACAAUACCUCUGGCCUUUGUGUCUGGGAGCCCUCUAGCCAACAGCCACUGCCAUCUUCUUCUAAUAGAACUAAAUAAGACUCAGCCUAAAGCCCUGAACAAUCAGGGAUGGAUAGGGGAAAACUGAGAGGCUGAGAUGUGGCCUUUAUUCUAAACCUUGUCUUUUAUUCUGGUUCCAAAAAGGGACAUAGAAAUAUUCCCAACCUUAAAAGUUUUGUCUCAGAAGUCCACUUUUGCCAUAUAAAAAUAAUGCCUUUAAACAUUAGAGCCAAGCCGGCUCAGAGCAAGCUGUCUGCUGCCCCAAAGAGUAGUGGGCACACUGAUGGCAGCACAUCUCAUGCACGCUUUUCCAGAUCCCCCAAACAGGGCAAAGGCAAACAGGCUGUAAGCUCAGCACCAGGAUCCCGUUCGGGACUAGAACCAGGCUCUGUGUCAGGGGGUGGGCCUGCCCCAGUAAAUAAAUUGGCAGGAAGUCAAGGCUCUGUGUCUAGGCCAGGUUCAAAGGCCAAACCUGCCACAGCAGCAGACAAAGGAGCAAGUCGUGGUUCAGCGACAGCUCCAGGGGGUAAAACCCUGUCUAUGGAGAACAUCCAGUCUUUGAGUGCUGCCUAUGCCACAUCAGGCACCAUGUACCCUUGUGAGCGAGAUUCCUUGGAACCCUCUGGUGGGUACCCAAAAGGCACCAUGACGCUGGGCAGGAGUACCAGCCGCUCCUCCUACACUAACCGAACACUUGCCGUCGGCAGCACCCCAAACAUCACCUCCUCUGGGCUACAUCAACAGUCAGACCCCUAUGGAGACCAAACCUUGCAUCCUGCAAGGACUUCCAGUCUGAGGCAACCGUCUGGGAGACAUCCACAGGCUUUGGAUUUGGCUGGACGGGGAGAGGGUUCCUCGUUUGAUCUAGAGUCUCAGCUGAGGGAGCUGCAAAGGGAGAAUGACACCCUGAGGAGAGAACUGGAUGUAGGGAGGGAUGGAAGGAUGGGCCCCAGCAUGAACAAUGUCAACUUCUGGACCCCAGAUGUGAAAAGAGACAAAGUGGUUCGGCGGGAGGAGGGAGUGAGGGCCUCGGUUCUGAAAGACCAGUACAGGACAAACCAAGAGGAUUUGCAACCUCGGGAUAGCAGAAGAAACAAGCAGCUUCCGUUGACAGUUCAGGAGCUACAGGAGGAGCUGAGGGCUCACAGAGAGAUGAACAGCCGCUUGCAGCAACAACGACAGCAGGGAAACUCUGGCUCCUAUCGAGAAAUCCAUACAGACCAAGACCACAGAGGGGGGCUCAGCCCUGGCCACAGCCCCAGACAAAGCUCCAGCAACCUGCAUAGUCCUGGACCAAAGAAUAGCCCGAGAGCCAGCCCAUCCAACUCCUACAAUCCGAGGCAACAGGAAGCUGAUGUUAUCAUUCACAGCCCUGGUUAUGGCCUUAACACUGCAGUAGCUGCACAGAGAAUCAGCCCUGCUAACACCCUUCAGCCUGGGCGGAGGAACAGCCCAAAUCAGCCCCUCUACACUCCCAGCCAAGGUCUAGUGGUAGCGCCCAGCUCUGGUUCACUCCGGCCCUGCAGCCCCUGCCAGGUGCCCGGUUGUGAUGGCUUCUCCUCACCUCCUCCUUUUGAUCUGUCAGAGGAGAAAGUCUUUCGGAUGCAGGCAGAGCAUGAGCAGCAGGCCAAGGAGCUGUUCCUGCUGAGGAAGACCAUGGAAGAGAUGGAGAUGCGAAUCGAUUCUCAGAAACAGACUCUGGGCGCCCGGGACGAGAGCAUCCAGAGGUUGCUGGAGAUGCUUCAGGGCCAAGGCCAAGGUCAGGGACACUGGGGUCGGGGACAGCCGACAGGCAUCGUAACCAUGGCGGCACAGGAGGCUGAAUUGCAGCUGGAGAACAUGCAUGUGCGAGAGGAGCUCCAUCGCCGGAACCAGCUCCAGGCCGAUCCGGCCAAGACCAGGGCUCUGCAGACUGUGAUUGAUAUGAAGAACACCAACGCCCCUUUCUGUUUUGAUCCUGACGUUAUCUGGCAGGACACAAAGAUCUCCUCCCUGGAGAGGAACAUCAGAGACUUAGAGGAUGAGGUCCAGAUGUUAAAGACCAGCGGCCUGCUGCACCCCGACGAAAGGCACAAUGAGCCCAAACAUGUGGAAGUCUACAAGAGCCAUUCUAAAUUCAUGAAGACUAAGGAGCAGGCCUUGUCACCAUGUGUGUCUUCCAUCAGAACAGCUCCCACCUUCUUCCUUCCCCCCCAACAUCCCUGGAUAACAGAACAAAAAGAAAUAGAGCAGCUGAAGCAGGAGCUGAACAGGAAAGAGUCGGAGAUGCAGGCCCUGCAGACCAAACUAGAAACUCUGACCAAUCAGAAUUCAGACUGCAAGCAGCACAUCGAGGUGCUAAAGGAGUCACUGAGCGCCAAGGAGCAACGGGCCAAUACACUGCAGACAGAGGUAGAUGCUCUGCGGGUGCGUCUGGAGGAGAAGGAGCAGCUCCUGACCAAGAAGACCAAGCAGCUGCAGGACCUGACUGAUGAAAAGAGCACACUAACAGGAGAGAUCAGAGACAUGAAGGACAUGCUGGAUGUCAAGGAGAGGAAGGUUAAUGUCCUGCAGAAGAAGAUUGAGAACCUGUUGGAGCAGUUAAAGGAUAAGGACAAACAGCUGGCUGGGUUGAGGGAAAGGGUCCAAGGCCUUCAAACUGACUCCAGCAACACAGACACAGCCCUCGCCACACUGGAAGAAGCCCUAUCAGAAAAGGAGCGAGUGAUUGAGAAUCUGCGGGAGCAGAAGGAGCGGGAAGACAGGGUUCGGCUGGAGGAGCUGGAACAGAUGAGGAAGGAGAACCAGGUAUUAAAGGACAAACUUUCAGCCUUGCAGCCCCAGAACCUGUCCCUGAGUCAGCCUGUCAACCCCGUCCUGACACAGAACCAGAGGCCUGAUGGAGAGGUGCCGGCCAAAAUAGAUGGGCUACCAGCAGUAAGCCCAUCAACGCAAAACACGGAAGAUGUUGGCCGGAAGUGUCCAGACAUCACAGAUCGUCUGAGGCUUUUGGAGCAGGAAGUUGCUCGCAACAAAGAGGAAUCUGGAAAGUCACAAGUGGAGGUGGAGAGACUAAUGACAGCUCUGAGGGAUGCUGAGAUGGACAAAUCCGGCAAGGAGAAGAAGAUUGCUGAUCUUGAGAGACCUGGACAAAUCAACUCUCCUAACGUCCAGAAGCAGACGGUGGCGAGUGAGAUAAGGAAAGAUGCCCUGAUUGAUGGACAUCCACACUCUUUAUCACAGCUUCCUCUUUCAGCUUCCCAGGAUGCCAUGCGGGAGACAGCGGAGAGAAUCAGGGAGUUGGAGAGGGCUCUGAGAGAGAGCAUGAACACCUCCGCCCAUAGAGAGGCUCUCUGGGCGCAAGAGGAGACUGCCCGUGUUCAGGCCCAAAGACAGUUGGAGGAACUAAUGGGGGCUUUGGAGAAGACACGCCAGGAGCUGAACGCCACCAAGCUGCAUCUAUCCUCCACUCAGCAGUCCCUGCAUGAGAGAGACGGACACCUUAAUAGUCUUCGCCAGGAGAGACGCAAACAGCUGGAGGAGAUUUUAGAGAUGAAGCAGCAGGCUUUGCUGGCUGCCAUCAGUGAGAAGGAUGCUAACAUUGCCCUGCUGGAGUUAUCCUCCUCCAAACGGAAGAAAUCCCAGGAGGAAGUGAUGGCUCUGAAGAGAGAGAAAGACAGGCUCAUGCACCAACUCAAACAGCAGACUCAGAGCAGAAUGAAGCUGAUAGCGGAUAAUUACGAGGAAGAUCACAUCCACCCGCAACAUCAUUCUCACCAUCCUCACCACUUGCAUCCAGCAAACGUGCAUCACCGAAGCUUGCCAAGAGGGCCCCCCCAUGCCAACCACCGACCCCCUAUGGACCAGGAUGAUGAAGAGGGAAUAUGGGCAUGAUGAACAUCGCCAUGGAAACCCUGCAUCCAUUUGUCCACACUGUAGAGCAGGCACCAAGAGAUUCAAGAGCUUCAACUGCAAGCAUACACACUGAACCGGCCUAUACCUCCCACCAUCAUCACCACCAGACAUACUUAUAAACAUAUAUAUAUGUGUGUGUAUAUAUAUAUAUAUAUAUAUGUACAUACACACACAUAAAUACACACAAGCUCCAGGACCCACUAUUUCAAUGGAUCGUGGACAAGCGCUCAGCUGGUCAGAUAUUCUCCUGUCUUUUUGAUGAUUGUCACCUUUACUGACAAAGGCAAUGGCCCACUGAGGGUGGGUGAAUGACCCUCACACGACCAUCAGUCAUCUCUGUGGACCUUCAAGGUAUUGGCAAGCGGCCUUCAUUUCCCUAGUUGUUUUCAGUAGACGGGGAGCUGCAUUCGAUUAACAGUAUUGUGGGGCUACAGAGUUCUGGCUUCACAUUAACUGCACAAUCACUCCACCACUGUGGACUACCGGUGUGGAUAAAGUGAGCUAGUGGAACUAGCCGUUAACCCAUACCAAUCCUGGACUAGUUUAUGAUGAAAUGAUGUGUUUACUUCCUCAGCUAAAUAUCAGACUUUUGUAAAUAUAACAACAUGGACCUCAAAAUCCACAAUCCACAGAGACCUUCUCAAUGUACCGUGCCAAAGGAGACAACCCUGUCUGCUGAAACAAAAAAACUGGAAUGGGACUAUCUGAAUAUAUCUGAAUUAUUUGGACUCCGCAGUAAACUGUCCUAGUUGCUCAUUUAUUUGACUAUGUCCCACUUACUGCUGAAAGAUCAACAAGGAAACAAACAAACAACCAAUGUGGGCUUGAAGAUGCCCCACAAACGUUUAAACAUCAGCAUACACCUUCUCUAAAAAUCUGGAUUCUUAUUAACACGGAAGGAAAUACGGCUGACCCCAAAUCAGCCAUCUUAGUGUAAGAACAGUCUGUUUAAACAUUUCUCCUUGUGUUCGUUUAGCCUGCUGUACGUUUGUUUAAUGAACCAAUAUCAUGUUCUGUUAGCUUUUCUACAUCCAAAACCGUUUUGAGUGCCACACUUCUCUUUUUUUAAGUUUUAACAGCUGUAUGUGACUUAUUAUGCUGAUGAGUGAUGUAUUAUUUUGUUGUCCAUAUUUUGAUCCUGUGAAUCUGAAUGGUGAUUCUGUUAAUAAUGAAGUGACUUGCAUUAUAAAGCACUGUGUCAUUACUAUUUUCACUGUCUUGGAAGUUGACAAUAACAUACAGUGUUAUGUUUUGAUUUGACGAACAGUGUUUCCAUUUGACCCUUA